UACAGCGUCCAACCCGGGCGGCUCAGCUGUGAUUGGGUGAUUUGUAGGGAAUACGUGCCGUUAUUGCCCCGUAGAAGUGAAAUGGAGGUGUUCUCCACAAGGAGCAGUGAACGCGCAGCCUCUGUAUUUACAUUGUGUGGCUCCUGUUGGGGGAACAGGUCUUUGCAUAAUCACCUCCGGCUCUACCUGGCGCUGCGUGUGUUUUCUGGAGGAAGAACAGCGGAAACAGAAAGGUUUCGGUCUUCCCCUCCUCUUCUUGGCAUGUGAUGUUAUGUCCUGUGUUGUGAUGCAACAGAGAGCGAGUCCAGUCUGUCUGAACCUCGUCAUUUGAGGCAGCAGGUGUUCUGACAUGUGGACCUGAAGAGUCACCCUCUCCUGCUCGUGAUUGACUCCUUAGUUAUUUAAGGCAGCUUCCGUCUGGACGCUUUAAAGUCGGUGGGUCUGUCGGGAUGCUCGGUCAGUCUCCUCACCUUAUCGGAGGCAUCUUGUGGAUCCAGAAUCCAAUGAGAGCUGUUCACUGCAACCUGAGCCAAAAUGGCAUCGACCACCAGCUGCGUGCCGAGGACAUGACUUCUCAGCUGGAGGAGGACGAGGAGUUGGUGGACGCCGAGGCCGUCCUGCUGGACGACGACAGCCCGAGUUACCCGGACCUCCGCCGGCCUUCGUACCACCGCCGCUCCCCGCCGCACCGCUCCGUCUCAGAGUCCGAGCUGACCCGGCCUGGAUACGUGAAGCUGUCCAAACCAGUGGCCCUGUGGACUCAGCAGGAUGUUUGCAAAUGGCUGAAAAAGCACUGUCCCAAUCAGCAUCAGAUCUACAGCGACUCUUUCAAACAGCACGACAUCACAGGACGGGCCCUCAUGAGACUAACAGACAGAAAGCUGGAGCGAAUGGGGAUUAUCCACGAAGCCCAGAGGCAGCACAUCCUGCAGCAAGUCCUGCAGCUUCGUGUCCGCGAGGAAGUCAGGACGCUCCAGCUCCUCACACAAGCCUCCUCCAACACACACCUCCAAGCCCCUCCAGGGCCGACCCGGCCUGUAGCGAACAAGCAAAUUGAAGGGUUAGUCCGCGGACGUCUGGCUCCCUGCGACCCCUCAGAAACGAAGUGAGAGCCGGGCGCUCGCCGUGUGUUUAAACGAAGGUCCCCGUUAACCCCCAUUAGCCUCUGCAGCAGCGCUGGACUGGACGAUUAGCAGAAUACAAAUGGCUCCCUCCGUCCUCUCCCACACCUUCCACCGCCAGAGUUGCUGACGAUGAGAAACGGCGAAAUAUGAUUUGGGGCCAAGCAGGUGUUUACUGCAUGCUAAACAGUGUCCUGCUGCUCAUUAUGCAGGCGCUAAUGGUGCGAAUACAUUAGCAAACUGUGUGAAAUUUGCUGCUGCUGAUGAAGUGUAGUCACUACCAUGUGACCUUGGCUUCCAGAAGAUCCAGUCACGGUUCGAAACAAGGGAAACGCCCGAGGGUUUGGAGGCUGAUCAAUUAUUGAUAACUCACUGCCUCUUCAUCUUCCAUUUGGCUGCAAGUGUGAAAUCAAAAAGCAUUUCAGAUCAACAAGAGCGGAGCUACAGAGAGCCAAAAACUGCCCACAACCUCUGAAGCAUUUUUAGAUGGGUUUCAUAAUUGGGUCAUGCUUUGUUAAACCGAGAAAACAUUCGAGAUGCAAUCAUAUUUCCUGAAAAUACUGUCCUAUGAAAAAGAGAUGCAUGGUCCAGAUUGCUUUUGCUAAGGAAAAUAGAAGAAAUGUAUGUCAGAAAGUAUUUGCUCACUCGUCAUUACAUUGUUUUUGAGAAAGGAGUUCAGUUUUACCAGCCAGACCGGUUGAUUCAAUAAAUAUCUCAGAGACAACAUGAAGUAGACUGAACCAUCUCUACAGAAAAUAAAGGAAAAAAUGAGAAAUCAUCGUCAUCUAUCGGUUUAGAAGGGCUGUUCAAUACAGAUAAAAGAUUUAUCCAUGAUGUUUCACAUCAGUCGAUGUCAAUAAUUGUUGAUUAGUUUUUUGUAUUAAAUAUCUGAAAUC